AUGGAGAAGCUCUCCGCUCAUCUUCCCCACCACCACCACCACCACCAAAACAACCAUGUCACCGCUGUUCCAUCCACCUGGAAUCGACGCGUCCUUGCUGCGGUUGUCGCCGGUACUUUGCUGCUCUGGUAUAGCCUGACCCACCUCCGUACGCCAUGCUCAGCCCACAUCGAUCCUGUCGAGCAGGUGUUGCAAUUGCAGCCGUUAACUGACGGUCACAAUGACUUUCCAAUUGCCAUUCGCGCUCUAUACCACAACCACAUCUACCAGAGCAAUUUCUCCGACAAAAUCCAGUUACCUGGUCAGGUCGACUUCCCGCGUCUCGCACAGGGCCGUGUCCGUGGCCAAUUCUGGAGCGUCUUUGUCGCAUGGUCCGUCGGAGCCUCUCGGGUUCCCUCCCCCGCCUUUAUCCCAUAUCUCCGCAUUGCCGAUAGGAGUAACGAGUCUGGAUCCGCUCCCGAACCAAACUACGACGACGUCCACGACACCCUCCAGCAAAUCGACCUCGUCCACCGGCUCGCAACCCGCUACCCCGAGCAUAUCGAGGUUGUCCCCGACAGCGCUAGCUUCCGCCAUACCUUCGAGCACUCCUCUCACCGCAUCGCCAGCUUUCUCGGCGUCGAAGGACUGCACCAAAUCGGUUCCAGCGCCAGUAUCCUCCGCCUGUACCACUCUCUCGGUGUGCGCUACACCACCCUCACCCACGUCUGCCACAAUGAAUACGCCGACAGCGCGACCCCGUCCACACCGCGCCACAACGGCCUCAGCACUGCCGGCCGACAGCUCAUCCACGAGAUGAACCGCCUCGGGAUGGCCGUGGACCUGGCCCACGUCAGCGCAAAGACCAUGCACGACGCCCUCGACACCAGCAAAGCCCCUGUGAUGUUCAGCCAUUCCUCCGUGUACGCGCUCUGCCCGCACCCACGCAAUGUUCCCGACGACGUCCUGCUCCGGCUCCGCGACAACGGCGGCGUCAUCAUGAUCACGUUUUUCCCGGAGUACACGCGUUGCGAUGACCCGUCCGCAGCGUCUCUGGCGGACGUCGCAGACCACAUCCAGCACGUCGGCGAACUAAUCGGAUACGAGUACGUCGGCUUGGGAUCCGACUUUGACGGGAUGUUUACCCCCAUCCGCGGACUAGAAGAUGUAAGCAAGUACCCUGAUUUAAUUGCCGAGUUACUGCGGCGUGGCGUCAGCGUGCAGCAGGCGGCCGGUGUAGCGGGGGGGAAUGUAUUGAGGGUGAUGGGGGAGAUUGAAAGAGUCGCGCGAGAGAUGAACCAAGACGGGGUGAAUCCAUUGGAGGAUGAUGUAGAGGACUUGUUGGGCGCUCAGUAG